AUGAGUUUAGUCAGUAAGGUUUUGGUGAAAAGAAGCUGCCUAGAGGUGGGCAUAAGAAGGGCCCCUCAGUGGUAUUCUCACUACUCUACUACAGCGGGCAAUGCUCGUGUGAACAAGAAGGGAAGCAAGGUAGUGCCCGUGUUGACAGGAUUAGCACUGGCCUCUAUAUUUGCGAAGAAAUGGUAUGACGAUUCGCAGAUUAAGAAGGCGGAUGCCACUAGCGUUGCAGUCGACCCGUCCAUCUCUGCAUUCCCUAAGAAGAUGGGCCCUCCACAAUGGCCCUUAUCAACCCAAUACGAGCUGCUCGGUAAGGGUGUGCGUUGUGUCUCCUCCAUUACUUUCAAGGCAUAUGGCCUAGGCAUAUAUGUGGCCGCUGAGGACAAGCACCUGGUCUCCGAAGUGUUGGAUUCAAAGUUCUUGUCUCAGGCGUUCAUUGACACUACAGCGCCCCCAUCACCGGCAGAAUCACAUCAAGAUAAUUUACGCGCAGCUCUGAAUGACCCUGCUAAGGCUCCCAUCUUGAUUAAUAACCUCUUAGACAGUGGAAUCAGGCUAAUGUCCAAGAAUACUCCAAUAAAAGCAGGUUCCUUCAAGCUAUUGAUGGACGGCACCAAAAAGAGCGUUUUGAAGAACCCAGAUUCUCAGUCUCAAGACAAAGACCGGCUGGAAGCUGGCUUCCAAGAAUUGCAUGACUGUUUCAGGAGCGUAAAGGGACUUGUGGCUCGAGAUGAUGAUUUUUUCAUUGAGCUGAAUAAGGACUGCUCUAUGAACUUAUCUUACUACGCAAGGAAGAAGGACGAAUUCGUGAUAUUGGGCACCGUGAAGGAGCCUCUCAUUGGAAAGCUCUUAUUCGCUCAUUACCUCGCUGCUGUAGAUCCUCCUUCACCGGAAGCUAGGCAGGGCGUAAUCGACGCACUCGUGUCUCUAUCCUAG